UGUCUCACCUCACCUUUUUGUGUCACUCGAUCUCUGGAAAGACAUUCUGCAUAUUAAUGCUUUGAAGUGGGUUUUAAGCACCAAAGGACCACUAUCUAAAUAUAUCCAAGUCUCAUACAGGCACUUUUUAAUUUGGUUCCACCAGCAGAACCUGACUAUUAUGAUGCAAAAAAAAAAAAUUAUCUGCGCUCAUUAUCUUCAGAAAAUAUAACUGAUAGCAUACAAAUGUAGAGAGAUAUUUUGAUUGAAUGAAAGCGCAAAUGAUAACACAUUUUAGAAAAAUUUCCUCCAAGUCUGUUUACAAAGCCGCCUGCUCAUUUCAGCCAUUAGAAAUAAUUACAGCUAAUUCACUUAGCAGAGUUGUUUCUCCCUGACAAGCUGUCAUCACGCUGAACCCAAUCAUCUCAGCCCUUAAUCAUGUUUUUCAGGGGCUUGCAAAGAACUCAAUUUCAUACUCAAGGCUGAGGAGAAUAAUUAGAGCGCUUGGUUUCAAAUUUCAUCUGCACAGUCCGUACCGAUACUGCCACGGAAGCCUGUUAGGCCAUUGUUUCAGUAACUGCCCAAAAACAUUCAGGGCAGAUCAUAUAUUUUUGCACACUGUCACGUUAUGUUUCAAGCUGAGGUUGUAUAAUGAAUCUGGUUUAUCUGAAGUGGUCGGACAAAAGUAUUCACCAUUGAGGAAUUGCAGCCAUUUUUGGUACAUUUUAGGUCUGGGGUAUUUCUUUAUGAACUGAGCUUGGCAAAAGAUUUGAAGUGGAGCAUUUGGAAGCUGUGAACAUACAACAGACAGAUGAGCUCAAAGGAAUCCAUCACAGAAAGAGAUAACAGGAACAUUUGGAUUGGCAAUUUGGUAAAUUUGUAGAAACCCUGUACAAUGUCUAUCAAAGUGACAACCACUCUCCAAAUGAAAAGCAAUACCAUUGCUCACAAGAAGAAUUGCAGAUAUUUUAUCACAAGGUGCCAAAGAGUCAUCAUCUUAGAGAAUAGGAAAGACAGAUUAGAGUUAAAUAAAACGCAUCUUAAAAUAAAAGGUAAAGCUGUCAGAGCAGGGCAUGCUUGACAUCAAAUUGCACUGGGUCAGUAGUGUUUACUGAUGAUGUGCCAGAAGCGGCGAGAAAUCUGAAGAGCUAUAAUUUUUGCUCUCUUCAGCAAAACUGUCUUGACUGCAUGUCAUAGUAGCAAAUGCAGUAAAAAGGGAGAAAAUCCAUUGUUUGGUGAUGCCUUUAGCUUCCAGACGGUAAGCAAUCAAUGUCAAGGGUCCUUAACUGGGAAAGGUUUAGGAAUAAACACUUUGUUAUUAUGCUAAUUUGUCUUAUUGCACCUAAGCUCCUGAAAACACAAGAUUGUAUAAAUAUGGAGUUCCUUAUGAGUUAAUGCUGUAUUUUUGUUCAACACCUGUUGCUGAGAUGAGAGUCGGUGUUUUAACCCCAUAUUCAUCAUAUAACUGUAACUUGAACAUGUUUUUACAGCCAAAAACCAUUAAUUUCAUAAAUGAUGAAAAAUAUAUGUGGACUUAGCACCACUCGUUCGAUUAAGGUGUAAGACAAAGUUUGUCACCCCAGAGUUCUCAGUAUUUUUUAAAAAAAAUGAUGAUUAUUGACUAAAUCAAAUUGUUAAAUAUUUAUAUAUAUAUUUUAAAAAAGCUCAUAAAAGUUUCAUAUAAAGUUUCAAUUCCUCAUUUUUUAAUGACAGAUGUUGCAAAAAACUUAAAGACACCCUGAAAACUUUUCACUGAUGAUGUGCAGAUGUAGCCUACAACUCAUAUUUUCUGAUGGGUCUGGUUUUCACAUAGCAAACAGUCUUAGGCUCAUAAAAUGGACAGUCUUCUUCUUCUUUCUUCCUUCCUUUUUUUUUUUUUUACUAAAAUGACCAAGAGGUAUGGCAGCCAUGAUAAGAGCUGGUCAAUUUCCUUAAAUUAAAAGCGCUUCAAUUUCGCUUUUCUCCUUAUCUUAAUAAACAUAAGACAAAUUUCCUGUACAAGAAAGGGAGAUAAUGCCAUCCUAUAAUUCUUUGGCAGCUUUGUCAUAAUUUUUUUGUUACUGGCAGGAUAUUUUUAAAUAAAUCAAUCUCCAUGUCUUUUCUCUAAUGCCACGGCAUUUGUUACUGAGGUUAAGUAAUGGUGUAUAGCAAAAGAUGCAGGAUGUUAAUUUUUCUUUAGGCUUUCCAACCUUACUUCAAGAGUAUCACAUAUAUUAUUAAAGAGAAAAAGGAUCACAAACUCAGAGUAAUGACAUUAUCCAAUAAAAACAAAUGCACUUAUAAAAACAAGAGUGAUUAUUUGAUAACAGAAGAUAUUGUUUUCCCCCUUUAUGUGAUAUUUUGGGACUCGUUAAGAACAAUCUCAUCCCCAGUAUCAGAAGGCUGACAGCUCAUUUCAGAAAACAAACGGAUUUUUCCGUUUGUGCCCGUAUUUGUGUUCUGAUAUUAGUCUGGGUACCCUGUGUUUAAUAAGAGGGGCUAUUUGCAUAGCUAAGUCAGUAGUAAUUUUAGAUAAUUACGUAUUUUCUUCGCGAAAUAAAGGGAUGGGGGGGGGAUAAUAUGGUAAUUCACACUGGACAUUGGCCUCUGAGUCACGGAACUUGUUGCUUUGUGUAAAUAUCUGCUGGCUGGCUUAUUGCGAUAUCCUGUUGCAUAAAGCUCAGAUCGUUUCAUCUCAGCCUGCUUCAUGCGCCUGGAGCACUUCAGCUUUUGAUUGCAGACAUGAGCCUUUGAUCAGCUGUUGGGUGGGCAAAAAAAAAAAGCAAAUCGUCCAAAAUAGCAAACAUCGUCUGAAAAAGGCCGGAAUUUGUUUUGUUUUCAAAAUAAAAGUUUAAGAAUUCGUCACAUCUGUUGGAAAACAUACAAGAAGGACGUUUUAUAGAGAAUUUUAUAUUUUAAUCCGACAGCCAACAAUAAUAUUGUUAUGUCUUAAAGGGGGUGUUAAACGGGGCAAUUGUUUUAAAUGCCUUCUUAUUUAGGUUGCUCAUUAAGCUGCAUGCUGGCUGUCAUUUUUAUAUUUUCUGCCGACGGCAGAACAUCAAAUGUAACUUGUCACAUUAAAUGUGCAUCUUGAAAACAGAUUUAGAAAACACCGAUGCGCCUUAUUCGUCUUGAAACCUUACAGGACUGGUUUUAUUUUGAAAAACAUCCGGAUUAAGUACUUUAUCUCACAUCUGGUCAGUACUGACGCUGUUAACAAAACCAACGGUGCGCUCCGCAGUAUCAGCACAUCCAGCAUCAGCUGAGAUUGUAGAUGACAGAGUCCAGAAAGGAGAGAGGACCCAGAGGAACAAUAAUCAUUAUUAGUAUUACUAUUACAGAGUGUUCUUAACUCGUGUCUGUAGCUCGGAGACUUAUUCUAGUGUUUUAAGAAAUGGAAGAUUUGGGAAAAGUCUUCAACGAUUCACAGGUCUUCGUGUUUAACUUGUCUUCAUGAAGUGGAGCGGGACGUUUAGGCGCGUUUUUGGACUUCUCCGGUGUUUCUGUGCGUGAGAUGAAAAAACCCUACAAUGAUUUUGGCAGUCAAUUAAUUAUGGGCGCGCACAUCCUGGAGUCCAACUCCAGCGGCAACUUGACGCCUGCGGUGUCGGAAGCUGGGGCUGUCCUGCCGGGCUACCUGGUGGUGAUCUUAUCGGUACUUAUGGUGACUCUGGUUGUCGUUGUUGUGGCAGGGAACGCACUGGUCAUCAUGGCUUUUAUUGUGGACAAAACCCUGAGAAAUCAAAGCAACUACUUCUUUUUGAACCUUGCUAUAUCCGAUUUUCUAGUGGGUUUCCUGGAACUGCGUCUUGUCGCUAAUUUUCUGCCGCAUGUAAUGCAUCUUACACCCAGAAACUGUGAAGGUGCCUUUUGCAUCCCGGUGUACAUCCCCUAUAACCUGACCGGCAGGUGGAUGCUGGGCAAAGGGCUCUGCAAAGUGUGGCUGGUCAUGGAUUACCUCCUUUGCUCAGCCUCUGUCUUCAACAUUGUCCUUAUUAGUUAUGAUCGCUUCCUGUCAGUCACAAGAGCGGUUAAAUACAGAGCUCAGAGGAACAUGACCCACCAGGCUGUUUUCAAGAUGGUGGCGGUGUGGGUGCUGGCCUUCCUCCUUUACGGCCCUGCCAUCAUCUUCUGGGAAACGAUCGUUGGCUACAGCAUUGUCCCGGCCCACGAGUGCUAUGCUGAGUUUUAUUUCACCUGGUACUUCCUGCUGAGUGCGUCUACCUUUGAGUUCUUCACCCCGUUUGUGUCGGUGGCCUUUUUCAACCUCAGCAUCUAUCUCAACAUCCAUCGCAGGAAUAAGAGUGGGGCCGCCUGUGCUGAAGACAAUGCCAAGCCUCAGAAGAACAAUGAGAAACAUAAAGAUGGAGCCGGCUGGUCCGUGUUUUUUGUCAAGACUCGGAAGGUGAUGUCAAGCGAGCCUGUCGCGAUCUCUGCGGUCAUCGAAGAUGACGACAUCUUGUCUCCCUCCUCCAGCGGGGAGCCUAACGCCAGUCAGAUAUUAAUGCAGCGAGAGAAGUUCUCUCCGCACAGAAAAAACUCCAGGUUGUUUCAGCACACGGCCUCCUGCAUGGUGCCUGGCCGUAGGACACCGGGAUCUCGGCUUUCCAGAGACAAAAAGAUUGCUAAAUCUUUAGCCAUUAUAGUCUGCAUUUUUGGGAUAUGCUGGGCUCCGUACACUCUACUGAUGAUUAUCCGUGCCGCCUGUAGCGGUAAAUGUGUGGCGAACUACUGGUACGAGAUUACCUUCUGGCUUCUGUGGCUGAACUCUGCCAUCAACCCGUUCUUGUACCCUGUGUGCCACAGCAGCUUUCGAAGGGCUUUCUCAAAGAUACUGUGCCCUAAAAGACAAUCAGUUCAACCACAGAUUGAAGUUCAGUCUUGUUAGAUGAACUCAAAUGAACUUGCAUAUUUUAUGAAUGGAGUAAAUGUUGCUGAACACUGUAAAAAAUCCAUUUGAUGUUCUUCUAUAAAAAAAAAGGCCAGUUUUCAAAAAUUAGUUAAAUGUUUGCAUUUAAAUGAGGAUUGUAACAUACCUGACAGCAAUACGAUGACACAACACAGCUGAAAAUAGCACAACAUAAUAUUCUUAUGGGCAGAACAAUAGACUCUUGUAGUACCAUUGGAUAAAUCUGCCCACGAUUAAACCACCUCUCAAAGCCAGUUUCAGAUUUUUCUAAUGUUGUUCUUGUUCAUUUUAAAACCUUAACACAUUCCCUCUAAGUAGGACAUUAAGUUCUUUAUGUGCAGAAGGCUGUGAAAUGAUGGCAUAUGCAGUCUUAAAGAAGGUAAUUACCAUAAUUUAGUCUAAGAUAUCACACAUAUAUGAGAACUACUGAUCACCAGGUUGUUAAAUUGUUUUCUGUCUGAAUGGAAGCAUGACGCAGACAGAAAUGACAUCUUCACCCAGCAUCCAAUUUCAUAGCGGCCGCCGUGAGAACAUUUCAACUUCUAUUUAGAUGAAGCUGAUGUGAAGCAUGAACUCAAUGGUCUUUUGAUGGUUUCAGAAUAUAUCUGCACAUGAAACCCUUUCAUGUUACAGUUUCAAAUAUACAGCUGCAAGUUUGACUUUAUGCUCACUUUAUGCUCAUGCCCCUAAAAACUAUACAAUGCAAAUCAUGCAGCGAUAGACUCACAAAUGCAGAGUCCUCCACGUUUAAAGCACCAGAAAAGAAGACAAGAGUGUGCUUACUGACCAAUGAGUGUACUUUUAUCAAAGUAAUUCUAAAUAUUUUAUAGUUUUAAUCUUAUGGCAAGGAAAUCUACCUGACAUCUGUCAAAAUGUUAAGAAAAUGUCAAAGCAAAAUGUGAAGCACAAUGAAAAGAGAGCUGAUUUAAAACUUAUGUACAAUAAGAUCAAUGUCAGGCCAGAUGGCUGAGUUAAUUAUUUAUUUCAAGGCUCGACUGGUUUACCUAAAGCUGUUUUCACACAUGCAGUGCAGUCUUGAAUUUUUGCCGAAAGGUACAUGCAAGGACUUGCUUGUAAGACUCAGUGGAACAUUAAACAGUUUUUCCUUGAUGCAAAGCCUGCGUGAUGUCUGACUGAGCUCAUGUGCGAGCAGAAAAACGAAUCGUCCAGCGAAUUCAUGAUUCAGGGAAUCAUCGUGUUCUGCCUCCCUCUCGCUGAACACAGACAGCUCGCCUGCCUUAACCAAACAAAGUAUUUCCAGGAGUGAGAAAGAGUCUGACUGUCUCCUGUUGUGUUCUACAAAGGAGAAAGAACACUUUUGAAUAAUAAUAUGACCUGAUUCUCCCAACAUAGUGCAGACAUGUGAAAACCGCAUAUUUGAUUACUUUGUGUAUUGGUUAUGAAUCUGUGCAGCUGUAAGUCAGAUGAAAAAAAUAAAAUAAAAUAAAAGAAGACUGCCAACAGGCUUUUUUCCACUGUAUGUUAUUGGUAAAAUCUGGAGGAGUAGUUACAUCUAUAACCUACUUUGUUGUCAAGGGUUAGAUGUGAACACUGCUUUUCUUCUGGUCUCUUACUGUUUUUCUUUUUUCCCCCACAUCAGCUUUGAUAUGAAACCUUUCUUUCAUUCAUCCAGAGUCUGUCUCUGGAGACAAAACAUCCAUCUCUCAGUUCCUGCAGCCCGAGUCACUCUUUUUAUUUUUCAAAGAAAAGCCAUCAUCACUCCUGAGGGAAAAGUAAACUUUCUGGUGUCCAACUGAGACAACUUGUUCAGUCAUGAGACUAUUUUUCUCUUUUAAUGGAGUCUUGCUAUUUUGUCCACUUGGCACCUCUGUUUCUUUCCUUCCAUCUUUCUUCUUUUCUUUAAUUCUCUCUGCUUUUUUCCUAAACAGGUCUGGGUCAAACAUAUAUUCCUUAACUAGUUGCUGAAAAUUUCUGUCUGUCAUUUGUUGAAAUCAGUCACAAUGAAGGUGCAACACCGAAAACCUUGCUGCAAUUGCUUCGAUUGCUAGAAUAUCACCAUGGGGUUUCCAUGUAAGACAUGGACUAACCUGCAACACUCACCAAAUGCAAAAAAACUC